AUGGGCCGCAUCGUCGCCAGCCAGGUCCGCGUCUUUGGAGUCUCGGAUUCCUCGUCGAACCCUUUGAACGCUGGUGCACUCACCGACGGCAGCCAUUCUCAUUUGCGACUUCAAAAUCCUUGGCACUCUCUAUUGAUGCGAUUCCGCUCGGAGGUCAUAUCAGCGGUACAUGGCUAUCUUGCGACUCAUGCCGAAGGGCCAUUUCAUCAAGUGCAUCACCCCGUGAUCACGCACACAGAUUGUGAGGGCGGAGCCGAAGUGUUUCCUGUCUUGACACAGAAGAGCAAGAAUGACGAUGCGGCGCAAGUCGACGAUUUCUUUGGUGGUAGGCGGUUCUUGACCGUCACUGCGGCCAUUCAUGGCGAAGCGUUCACUAUGGGAUUGGACCGGGUCUGGAUGCUGGCACCAUGCUUCCGGGCCGAAAGGUCACAAGACGAUCGUCAUCUGGCCGAGUUCCAUAUGCUCGAAAUAUCGAUGAACUAUUCGGAGGAGCUUGAGCCACUGAUGAAGCUGUGUGAGGAAUUUCUGCGGGGCCUAGUCGAGAGAUUGAGGAAUUCACCCGCAGCUUGCGAGGUUUUGGAAGUCGUUGGCCGAAGGGACACGACGAGGGUGAGUGCCGCAGAGCUCAGAUGGCGAUGGGAGUUGUUGACGCAAAGCGACUGGCCUCGAAUCACGCAUGCCGACGCUAUCCGCAUGAUGAAAGAGGCCGAAGCCGUCGGAAAUGCAAAAUUCCAAAUGAGGCCUAGGCCAGAGACCGAUCUUGCCACGGAACACGAGAUGUUCGUGCUGCAUCAUUUCCAACGUCCAGUCUUCGUGACGCAUUACCCGUCCAAGAUCAGACUGUUCUCGGCUCUGCAGUCGCCAGCCCCACAGUCACUAACUGGCAUUCAAACGACCGAGUCAGUGGACUUGCUUCUACCAACCAUAGGAGAGGUAUUUAGCGGUGGCCUUCGCGAGCAUCGUCUGGAAAAGCUCAUAGAGGUCAUGCGUGAGAAGGGCUUCUUCCGCUCGUGUGGUGCAAAAACUGGAGUAACAAAGGGUGGAGAGUACCCCUUCUUACGUGACGACGAGUCACUCGAUUCGCUGGAGUGGUUCGCCGACUUGCGUCGAUGGGGGACCUCGCCUCACGGAGGGUUCGGAAUCGGGUUUGAGCGUCUGCUGAAGUACUUGACAGGAGCAGAGUCGUUGCGAGAUGUAGUUGCAUUUCCUAGGUAUUACAAGCACUGUCAAGCGUAG